UACGAGUGGCUGGAUGGCCGGGCACAUACUUUUUUCUCCAUUUCGCUUUGCGUCGCUGUUGGCAACGCUGACACGCAGCUGGCUAACGUCAGUGUUGGCAUGCCAUGCAACGCAGCGCGAGCGCCGAGCGAGAGAGCCUUAAAGAUCAGCGUUGUUUCCUCUGUAUCUGUAAUCAAUUAGUUGACUAGCGAUAGAUAUACAGUGCAGCGCUGCCUGGCCGGGCCCGCUCUGUGUGGUAGGGCAUAUGCAUCUGUGUACACGGUGUGGCACGCCAUUUUGAAAUAAAAUCAUUAUGCGGCUGACUGCACGAACGCCAUCAACAACGGACACCUUCCGGACUCGUUAGGCCGGCCAUUGUCGCAUUAGGCCGUGCGACCGCCGCACUGCGGCCCUUGCCGGGAGAGGCGACAGGAUAGGCGCCGGCCGCAAACGACCCUUUCGUCUCAUUAUCACUGGUGUGCUCUCGUGGCGCUGCAGCCUACCCCGUAUCGUUUAUUCCUAAGCCGCCGUGAAUCUUUGACGCGGGAUUGUCCUGCUGGCAAUUGGAUUAUCCCCCGAUUUCCGUGGACGGCGUGAUUGAGUGACGGGCGCCGGCUAAUUAGCAGAUACGUCGAUCCAUCUUCCCACCCGACGACAGCCGGGCAGGGCCACGGCGCACGUUGGGCAUGCAGCGACACGGCCGGCGCGUGGCGUCGCGCGAUGAGGAUUAAUCUGCGGAUAGACGCGCGGGCCCCGUCGGUGUCCCGUUUCCGGUUGGGCCAAUUAUGCCAGUAGCCAGCCGGAUGUUGUUGUGAGACAGCCUGUCAUGAUCACUUCCCCGGCGCUGCCCUCUGCUUGUCCGCGUUCGUAUAGACUCGACGUUUGAGUAAGCGCCCGCAUGGGCGUUGGUGCGUCGCCGCGGCGGUGAUGUGGCGCUGUUCAUCCCGGUCGUUCCCCGCUGACCCGGGCAUCAUCUGCUGAUCCUCCUCAUCUGUGUCUCUCUUCUUCCCUUCCUCCGUUCGCGCCGGGCAUGGACUCGGAGAACCGCGUGAUCCUCAACGUGGGCGGCAUCCGGCACGAGACGUACAAGGCCACGCUGAAGAAGAUCCCGGCCACGCGGCUCAGCCGGCUGACGGAGGCCCUGGCCAACUACGACCCGGUGCUCAACGAGUACUUCUUCGACCGGCAUCCCGGGGUCUUUGCUCAAGUCCUCAACUACUACCGCACCGGCAAGCUGCACUACCCCACCGACGUGUGCGGGCCGCUCUUCGAGGAGGAGCUGGAGUUCUGGGGCCUGGACUCCAACCAGGUGGAGCCCUGCUGCUGGAUGACCUACACGCAGCAUCGUGAUACGCAGGAAACCCUGACGGUGCUGGACCGACUGGACCUGGACACGGAGAAGCCGUCGGACGAGGAAGUGGCCCGCAAGUUCGGCUUCGAGGACGCCUACAUCAACGGCGAACUGACGCCCUGGCAGACCAUCAAGCCGCGCAUCUGGUCGCUCUUCGAUGAACCCUACUCUUCCAGUGCUGCCAAGUUGAUUGCCAUAAUCAGCGUGUUCUUCAACUGCGUGUCCAUCCUGUCCUUCUGCCUGAAGACGCACCCCGACAUGCGCGUCCCGGUGCUGCACAACGUCACCGUGGUCACCGGGCGCAACCGCAGCAGCUGGAGCAUGAUCAAGACGCACACCGACCCGCACGUCUACUUCUUCUUCGUCGAGUGCGCCUGCAACGCCUGGUUCACCUUCGAGAUCAUCGUGCGCUUCCUCGUCGCUCCCAACAAGCGGCUGUUCUCCAAGGACAUGAUCAACAUCAUCGACCUGGUGGCCACGCUGUCCUUCUACAUGGACUUGAUCCUCAAAGAGGGCACCAAGCUCAUCUCCGACUCGGACCUGCUGGAGUUCUUCUCCAUCAUCCGCAUCUUCCGCCUCUUCAAGCUGACGCGCCACUCGCCCGGCCUGCGCAUCCUCAUGCAGACCUUCGUCGCAUCCGCCAGCGAGCUGGUCCUCCUCGUCUUCUUCAUGAUCCUCGGCGUCGUCAUGUUCGCCACGCUCGUCUACUACGGCGAGCGCAUGUUCCGCAACCCCUUCAACGAAUUCACCUCCAUUCCGGACGGCCUCUGGUGGGCUGUCGUAACCAUGACAACGAUCGGCUACGGCGACAUGACGCCGAAGACGUACAUCGGGAUGUGCAUCGGCGCGCUGUGCGCCCUGGCCGGCUCCCUUGCCUUGGCCAUCCCCGUCCCGAUCAUGGUCAACAACUUCACGCGCUUCUACUCGCACGCCGACGCCCGCGCCAAACUGCCCAAGAAGCGCCGCCGCGUGCACCCCGUGGAGGCGCCGCGCCCCAAGGGCGGGGCGCUCAAGCCGGGGGCGGGCCAACCGGCCAACAGCGACAACUUCAGUCUGCAGGGCUCGCUCAAGGGGCCCCGCAACAACGCCUAACAACGCGCGCGUGAAUAAGUUGCAUUCCAUGGAUCGGCGCUGCGGAUGCGCUGCUUCUGAUUCGCUCAGCUAUAUUUCCGGUGAUCGACGAACUGGUUCGAAUCCAUAGAUAUUCCCAGGGCUUCAUUCUCUUUUUUUGCUAGAAUUUUACCCAGCAAAUAUACGCGUGCACAGGUGUGUGUUUACGUAUACUGAUGUAAUUUGCCACAUUUAAUGCUAAACAUGGUAUUUUUGCGGUGUUGAUGGCAAUUUCUUAGCCCGACGCAAUACAGUAUUGAGCGGUACACAAAUUAAUUCGGUAACCAAAUGAAAACGCAGCACAAAAUGGUAAUCCUGUGUACUACGCUACAAAGGUCAUAGUUACACUUAAGCUGAGACAAGCCGGACGUAGUAAAAAGCGAGUAUAAAAAAUAAUCCGUAAAGCGACGCUGCAUUUGCUAAUUACGAAAGAACACUUGUCAGCAGUCUCCACCUUUCGAUACUGUCAGCGCCGCAGCGGCGACAUUUGCCGGCUGUGCACGUUCUGGUGCGCGGCGGAUGGUCACUCAUCAUCACUCGGCACGUGCGCACUUGAGAGGCGCGCACGGCCUGUUAAAGCGCCCAGUCGGCAUUUUCGCCAUCCUGUUACGUUUUGCAUAUAGCGCCCACCUGCAUCGACAUUUUAUUCACGUUCACCGGCCAGUUGGGAAUAUUUUCACGCUGUUAAUAGCUCUACCCACUGUUGGUUGAAAUUCCCAUUGCGACGAAGCUGCCACGAUCGGUAUAUUUUAUUUAUUAAUUUAUUUCCGAAUAAUGGCUUCCCCCGCUGUCUUCCUUACCGGCAUCUUCCUGGCGGCGUGUCUCUCAUCCGUCUCGCCGGCGGUGACCCACACCCAUCCGCCCUCCACCACCCCGCGCCACAACGCCACGUCGCCGAGCCCCGCCCACGGCCACAACGCCAGCAACGGCACGACGCCGCCCUCGGCCAGCAACCACACCGGCGCGCCCCUCCCCGCCAACACCUCCGCGCCGGCCUCCAGCAGCACCGGUUCGCUUCACCACAACAGCACCGGCACCCCCGGGGUAACCCCGCCCACCUUCACGCCCUGGACCUCCAACACCACCCGGCCGCACCCCCACCCCCACGUCACCUCCAACGUGACCUCCAACGCCACCUCCACCCUCAAGCCCGGCCAGGCGCUCGACAAAUGGUGGCCCUUUUAAACUGGCGCCUUGACUGGCGUUUUGCGGGACUAAUUACAUAUGUAAGCAGCGUUUACAGGUAGACUGGCUUUUGCGCUUUGAUUUACCCUUUUUCUGAUACUGUAAAAGAUAUCGCUUCUGACAAGAAUUCUCGGCUAUAAAUUUAUUGUUCAGUUUUCUUUGGCUUAAUCACCGGAAACUGCAGCCUACUGCCGGCACAGCCGGACAGAAAGGUUGCUUAAUAAAAAAAAUCGCCAAGUA